AUGGUCAUGUCUCGCGGAGACGAGCUGGUAAAGACCAAAGCGCCCAAAAGCGAAUCGGAUGCCCAAUACAAUAUUGGCAGGCAGAUGAAGGGCUUGCUGAAUGAUGUAGCCGGCAAUAAGCAAGGAUCGGCCAAGGCCUGCAGCGCUUCCCCGACAAUGAAAAAGCUGCCGGUUAUCAGCACCGCAUCUUCCGUUCUUGAAUUGGCUAUUGCCGUACAGUAUCUACCCUGCCAACCGGCUGGGUUCGUGGUACUGGUGGCGGCAGCGGUGGCUGGCGUUGGACCAGGCAAGCUGCUACAAGCCAAUUCAGUGGUAGCCUGGGUAAGCCGCGACAACUUCGCGUCUUUCACAGAAUUCCCUGUAAAUGAAAACAAUACACUUGCUGGAAAUGGCUUCUCUGCUAAUCCAGCCGACGUUCGUAUCAACAUUUCUUCAGUAGCAGGCGGCCAGGCAAGUGUUAGGCUUCGUUUCCGUUACAAGAAUGAAUACCUGGGUGGUACUUAUGCAUGGAUGAUCGAUGAUCUUGCAUUGUCAGAACUGGAUCCAGUAGAAGUACAAGCUCGUCUGGGUGGUGUAAUUGCUGACGGUCCUAGCCCAAGCUACACUGGUUACAGCACAUACAGCGCUAUUCCAUUGUCACUGGUAACUCCGGUUACUCCGAUACUGGCGCUGACCAACAAUGGUUCUGCCGGUCAAACAAACGUACCAGUAAGUGCAACCAUUUUCAGAGGUACUACACAGGUUUACAACCAGGUAGCUACUUAUCCUAGCCUUCCUGCAGUAGCAGUUGACUCUCUGGUAGAGUGGACAGGCGCGGGUGCUGCUUACACACCAUCAACUAUUGAUAACUAUGUAGCAACUUUCGGUGUAAACCUGACUGGUGAUGGUUAUACGCGAAACAAUGUUGAUACCUUCCGUUUCAAUGUAACUGACUCUGCUUACACUACAUACGCUUCUACAAUUACAGGUGGUUACUUCCUGCACCGUCCGAAUACACACUCCGCAGGUGAAGCUAACUUUUACUUCGGUACACGUUUUGACAUCCCUACCGGUACUGCAGUUGGUUCAAGAGUUAUUGCUCAUGUUUACAAGCUGAAUGAUGCAAACCCAACCGCUAUGACCUGGGAUAACGUUGCAAGCUCCCGUGAACUCACGCUGACUGCAAAUGAUAUCUCUAUCACUGGUACUACACGUUUCGCUACCUUCCCAAUGAACAUUGGCCUGGGUAUUGGUUCCCUGAUCUUAGGUGAAGGUACUUACGUAACUGCUGUAACUACCAAUGCGGUUCCUGCUGCUAACACAGUAACGAUCAAUGCUACAGCUGCUAAGUAUAAUGCUCCUGGUAUCGUAUAUUACGUCUUUAACAAGAAUAAGAUACUAAACAGAAUGGCAAAAAAUCUGCUGAUUGUGGAGUCGCCUGCCAAGGCAAAAACGAUUGAAAAGAUAUUGGGGUCUGAUUUUGAGGUGAAGUCAUGCUUUGGCCAUAUCCGCGAUCUGGAGAAAGAGGAUAUGGGUAUUGAUAUAAAAAACAAUUUCCAACCUAAAUAUAAGAUCAGUGAGGAUAAAGAAAAGGUGGUGAAGGAUCUGCGAUCGCUUGCCCGGAAAUCUCAGGAAGUAUGGCUGGCAACGGAUGAGGACCGUGAGGAUCCCCUGAACGGCAUGGUCUAUACACAAAGCGAAGUAGAUAGCUACCUGCAUAAGAUAAAUGCAGCCGCCAGUGAUUAUUACACAGCCCCCCUGACUUCCAUUGCCAUCAUUUAUAAGAUGCUGGAAGAGCUGGCCCUGUGCUACCGCUAUCGCCGGGAAGACGACAAGGCGGAUGAGAUUGAAAUACUCAUGAAGAUCAUCAGUGAAUAA